CGGGAGGGUCGCGAGCGGUCUCUGUCGCGACAGGGUCGCGAGCGGGGCCAUGUCGGACACGUGGAGCUCGAUCCAGGCGCACAAGAAGCAGCUGGACUCGCUCCGGGAGCGGCUGCAGCGCCGCCGCAAGCACGACCCGCUGGGCGCCGCCGACCCCCGCCAUGACCUGUCCCUGGCCACGCCCCCCCGCACCGGCAGCCCCGCCCCCUCGGGCCCCACCCCGCCAGGCCCCGCCCCGGGGGGCGUGUCCUCGCCCAGCGCCGCCCCCUCCCCUCCCGGGGGUCCCGAGGGGGUCCCGGGGGAGCCCCCGGAGCCGGACCCGGCGCUGGAGCGGCGCCUGCUGCUGCACCUGUCCGACCUGGCCACGCCCCUGCCCACCGACGCCGCCGCCAUCCGCGGCGCCAUCGCCGGGGGCGACGCGCAGGUGACGCUGCGGGCGGUGGAGAGCCUGCUGCACAAGUUCGCGGCGCAGGAGCUGAUCGAGGUGCGCCGGGGGCUGCUGCACGACGGCCCCGCCCUCGUCACCUCCGCCGACCACUCCAAGCUGGCCGCCAUGGCCGCGGGCGUGGCCGCAACGGCGGCGGGGCGGCGGCGCGGGGCGGAGCCCGGGGGCGGGGCGGGGGGCGUGGCCGGGGAGGGGAAGGAGGCCAAGCGGUGCCGGCGGGCGGCGGCGGCGUCGGACGUGGACCUGGAGAUCGAGAGCCUGCUGAGCCAGCAGUCCACCAAGGAGCAGCAGAGCAAGAAGGUGAGCCAGGAGAUCCUGGAGCUGCUGAACACCACCACGGCCAAGGAGCAGUCCAUCGUGGAGAAGUUCCGCUCGCGCGGCCGCGCCCAGGUGCAGGAGUUCUGCGACCACGGCACCAAGGAGGAGUGCGUCAAGGCCUCGGGCGGCGAGCGGCCCUGCCGCCGCCUCCACUUCCGGCGCAUCAUCAACAAGCACACGGACGAGUCGCUGGGCGACUGCUCCUUCCUCAACACCUGCUUCCACAUGGACACCUGCAAGUACGUGCACUACGAGAUCGACACCUGCGCCGCCACGCCCCCGCGCAGCCCCGCCCACCCGCGGCCACGCCCCCGCUCCCCGCCCCCGGCCACGCCCCGCGGGGCCCCGCCCGACGCCGGCGCCGAUCGCCUCUUCCCGCCACAGUGGAUCUGCUGCGACAUCCGCUACCUGGACGUGUCCAUCCUGGGCAAGUUCGCCGUGGUGAUGGCGGACCCGCCCUGGGACAUCCACAUGGAGCUGCCCUACGGGACGCUGACGGACGACGAGAUGCGGCGCCUCAACAUCCCCGUGCUGCAGGACGAGGGCUUCCUCUUCCUCUGGGUCACCGGCAGGGCCAUGGAGCUGGGCCGCGAGUGCCUCAACCUCUGGGGGUACGAGCGCGUGGACGAGAUCAUUUGGGUGAAGACGAAUCAGCUGCAGCGAAUCAUCCGCACGGGCCGCACGGGGCACUGGCUGAACCACGGCAAGGAGCACUGCCUGGUGGGGGUGAAGGGGAACCCCCAGGGCUUCAACCGGGGCCUGGAUUGUGACGUCAUCGUGGCCGAGGUGCGCUCCACCAGCCACAAGCCCGACGAGAUCUACGGCAUGAUCGAGCGGCUGUCGCCGGGCACGCGGAAAAUCGAGCUCUUCGGCCGCCCCCACAACGUGCAGCCCAACUGGAUCACGCUGGGGAACCAGCUGGACGGGAUCCACCUGCUGGACCCCGACGUGGUGGCGCGCUUCAAGCAGCACUACCCCGACGGCGUCAUCGCCAAGCCCAAGAACCUCUGAGCAGCCGAAA